UAAAAUUGUUAAAUGUUGUGAUGGAAAUUAUUUCAAUCCAAAUAGCUGCGCAGGCGCAUCUCCGCCGUCCUCAAAGCGUCAUGUACCGGAGGAUGACAUAAGAUCAAGGAGCAUCGAUCGAUUCCCUCCGAGUGCAAACCUGUGGAAGAAUCCAUCUGGAACCAGCAGCUCCGUGACCCGGUCCAUGGGCUACUCCUCCCCUCGCUCUAUGGACCAGCCAUGACGCCUCGCCCAUCGCUCCUCCCCUUCCCUCAGACUCAAACUCUCAUUCAUGGCCUUCUGUCAAAGUUCUUGCUCAACGGCUCUUUGGCAUCACACCGACGACUCACCACUGUAGGCCACACACCCCAGCCUGUGAUUGGUCAGGAGUCAGUGGAGGUGUUAGGCCACUCCUACCCACGGGAUGACUUCACCAACAUCACUGCGAAGAUCCUGGCAAAGGUGGGCCGCAACCUUCACAACCAGCAUCAUCAUCCUCUGUGGCUGAUCAAGGAGCGAAUCAGAGCUCACUUUUACAGCUCCUUCAUCACCCGCUCGGGGAACCCUCUCUUCUCCGUUCAUGAUAACCUGAGCCCGGUGGUGUCGGUGGAGCAGAACUUUGACAGCUUGCUGAUCCCCCCCGACCAUCCCAGCAGGAAACGAGGAGACAACUAUUACCUGAACAGAAACACGAUGCUCCGCGCUCACACCUCUGCCCACCAGACGGAACUGGUCCGGUCGGGUCUGGACGCGUUCCUUUUGGCGGGAGAUGUUUACCGACGAGAUGAGGUCGAUGCUAGCCACUACCCGGUCUUCCACCAGAUGGAGGGGGUCCGACUCUUCUCCAACCACGAGCUGUUCUCUAAGGUCCAGAGAGGAGAGGAGCUGGCCCUGUUUGAGCCAGGAGGCCGUCGGACUCCACAGAAACAGGAGGCGCACACCCUGGAGGCGGUGAAGCUGGUGGAGUUUGACCUGAAACACACUCUGACCCGACUCGUCACUCACCUAUUUGGCUCAGGUGUGGAGGUCCGGUGGGUCGACUGCUACUUCCCCUUCACCCACCCGUCCUUUGAGAUGGAGGUCCGUUUCCAGGGCGACUGGAUGGAGGUUCUGGGCUGUGGAGUGAUGGAGCAGAAGCUGCUGAACUCAGCUGGAGCAGACAACAAAGUGGGCUGGGCCUUUGGUUUGGGUCUGGAGAGGCUCGCCAUGGUUCUGUUCAGUAUCCCAGACAUCCGUGUGUUCUGGAGUCAGGAUGAACGAUUCCUGGAACAGUUCAGAGUGUCGGACAUCCACCAGCCCGUCUGCUUCCAGCCUCUGAGUAAGUACCCUCCGCUCCACAACGACAUCUCCUUCUGGCUGCCAGACGCCUCCGACGGGUCGGGGCCGCAGAACUUCUCUGAGAACGAUUUCUACGAUCUGGUCCGAUCGGUGGGAGGAGACCUGGUGGAGAAGGUGACGCUCGUGGACCAGUUCACACACCCCAA